AUGCGCUUCUUCUUGGCAAUCCUCUUUUGCGUAUCGCUUGCUACUGCGAGUUUCCUAUCCCACGGAGGAACGGGUGCAGAUCCGUCGUACAAAUCAAGCACCUAUUACUGGGAGUGUGGUAAGGAGGCCACCGGCAUGAAGAAGUUCGACUGCGAAAAACUUCUAUCUGUUCUUGGAAAGACACCGAAGCAUGGAUGGGAACCGAUCAAGAAGGGAGAGUCCCGAGAAUGGCACUGGGGCACCUGCUCUAUCACUAUCAAGGUCGGCCACGAUUCCUUCUAUCUUGUCAUGGAGGGAAAUGAGUUCUAUGAGGUUGGUCAUUGGGGAUUCAAGGCUCUCUGUGGUCCUUCGAACCAACGCACCAUGCUCAAGCCGGGUAACGAAUCUUGGACUGCUUGGAUUACAGAGCGUCACUGGGAGCCAGAACAUGCCUUUUAA